CCAUAGUGGGGUUGUUCAUUGCGGGGUGAGCUUAGGUAAGGUUAAAUGUUAAAUAAAUAUUAUGAACCAACUGCAUACAUAACAUCAUUAUCUUGUUUCUCAAGCUUGCUCAGUGCUUACAUAUCUCAUCAAACUGUUAACCUACCGGCACACUUAUCAGCUAAUAUACAUGUUUUACCAGUUCAUCACAAGUGGAUAGAAGUCGUACAUACAAACGAAACAAUGGCAUCCAAACCUUAUGAAGUAAAAUGGGGUAUCUUAGCUACAGGAGGAAUCGCAACCAGUAAUCCACCCUUUCUAUUUUUCAAAUCUUUAGAACUUUCUACUAACUAUCGCAUCCAGCCUUCUGCAAAGACAUACUCUGCAAUCCCGCCACUCGUAAUGUCCACGACAUUCAACACACCAUCGUAGCAGUAGCAUCUUCAUCCUCUGCUUCCCGCGCCGAGACAUUCCUUAAGGAAAUCAAAGCUCCAUCUGGUAUCAAAGCAUACGGUUCAUAUCAUGAACUCGUUAAUGAUCCCAAUGUCGACGUAAUCUACAUUGCUACUCCUCAUUCGCAUCAUUUUCAAAAUGCCAUGUUAGCAUUGCGUGCCAAUAAACACGUAUUGUGCGAAAAAGCACUCACUGUAAAUGCAGCUCAAGCGCGAAAAUUGUUCGAGACAGCUAAAGAGAGGAGUUUGUUUUUUAUGGAAGCAGUAUGGACUAGAUAUUUUCCACUGAGUAUUCAAGUCAGAGAAUUGGUGAAAAAUAAAGAAAUCGGGGAAGUGCAUCGAGUAUUCGCAGAUCUCUCAAUCGCCGAAGCAAAUGAUGAUGGAAGCCUUAACUUCCCUCUUGAAAACCGCAUGAUAAAUCCUGCCCUGGCAGGUGGUGCCCUCUUAGAUCUCGGUAUCUAUGCCAUAACCUGGGUAUUUCAAAUCCUCUACCAUUGUCAACCCUGUUCAUCAUCUGAGCGCGAAAUCCCCAACAUUCUCGCCGCCGUGCAGAAAUAUGAGAAAACGGGUGUGGAUGAACAAACGAGCAUCAUAUUACAAUUCCCCAAGAAUAAAAGCGUAGGAAUUGCCACGACGGGAAUCAGAGUUGCGACGCAACCGGAUGCUCAUAAUUACGCGAGUAAGAAUGAAGCUCCUACGAUAAGAAUUCAAGGCACGAAGGGAGAAAUUCAAGUUUUUGGUCCGGCGUAUCGACCAUUGAGAUAUAGUGUUUUUAAAAAUGCGAAUAAGGCUGGGGAUUUCAAGACGGUGGAUUGUGAGAUUCCCCGGGAUCCUGGGAGGGAGGAUUGGGGACAUGGGAUGGCGUGGGAGGCGGAUGAAGUGGGAAGGUGUUUGAGAGAUGGGAAGAAGGAGAGUGUGGGGCUGGAUUGGAGGGAGAGUGAGGUUAUUAUGGGGGUUAUGGAUGAGGUUAGAAGACAGGGUGGUUUGAAAUAUAGUGAGGAGAUUGAGUCGGAUGUUUUUGAUGAGAAGAGUGUUUUGAAUGGGAAGGCUUGAUGGAGGGGUAAGAUGGAUUGUACUCCGUUUUUCACUUGCUGAUCGGUAUUCUUAAGUUUGCAAUUCCCCGUUCUUGAUUUUCGAAUUCCUUACAUAGAAAGAAAUAAUAUUGCAUUUCACCGAAAUCAAAU